GUCCGCGUUUUCACUCUCGUCAACACCAACCCCUCAACCAAACCCGCUCUCAGCGCUCAUCUCCACAGUAGUGCGGCCCACGAUGCUGCGCUCUUCUGUUGCACCGGGACGGCAGUUGUUGCUGUCCUCCGCUCGCCAGCGGACCGCCCCCCAAUGGCUGUCCAGAGCCGGAGCAAGCAGCCGUCUCUCUGGUCAGAGAUUCUUCGCCGACUCGAAGCCCCCUACCACCGCUGCUCCCACGCCCGCCACUCCAUCCUCCGAGUCGGUUGUGCCCCCAGAGACCGUUCCCAAGCCGUCGCCCAGCGAGCAAGGCUCCGAGAUCCUCACACCUCCUCCCCCGGCUCCCAAGGGUGGACGCUUCCGACGAUUCCUCCUGUACUUGCUGCUUACCUCCGGAUUCGCAUACGGCGGCGGCGUCUUCCUAGCCCUGAAAUUCGACAACUUCCAUGACUUCUUUACAGAAUACAUUCCCUACGGAGAAGAAAGUGUCCUCUACUUCGAAGAGCGUGACUUCUACCGUCGAUUCCCGAACACCUUGAGGAACCAGAACCGCCUUAUUUCUAGCCCAAGGGAUGAAGGGAACAAGAUCACUAUCCCCAGCAAGAGUGGACUUACCUCGAAAGUCGCUGAGGAGGAAGCUUCAGGAACCGAUGUUUCCCAGAAAGGACCCCAUAUGAGUGCCAGUGCUCAGAAGAGCUCCGAAGCGCAAGUCAAGGCUGCCAGUGCCAAGCCCGAGGAUAAGACUACAGCUGUGGUGAAGGCUAAGGAGGAGGCGCCUAAGGCUGCUGAAAAGAAGGAGGAACCCAGACAACCAGCACUCCCUGCUAUUACGCCUCUCGAGUUCGCCCAGGUCAACGAGGGAGACGAAGCAAUUGUUCAGGAGUUGGUGAAGACAUUCAACGACAUGAUUACUGUCAUCAGUGCCGAUGAGAACUCCGGCAAGUUCUCGGCACCAGUUGCCAAGGCCAAGGAGGAGCUUCAGAAGGUUGGAGAGAAGAUCAUAGCUGUCCGCGACGAAGCACGUCGUGCUGCUAAGGAAGAAAUCGACCAGGCCCAUGCAACUUUCGAUGAGUCUGCUCGCGAGCUCAUUCGUCGUUUCGACGAAGCGCGUGCGGCCGACGCUGCCCAGUACCGCGAGGAGUUUGAGGCUGAGCGUGAAAAGCUGGCAUAUGCUUACCAGGAGAAGAUCAGAACGGAACUGCAGAGAGCUCAGGAUGUGGCUGAGCAGCGCCUCAAGAAUGAACUGGUUGAGCAAGCCAUUGAGCUUAAUCGCAAGUAUCUCCAUGAAGUCAAGGAACUCGUAGAGCGGGAGCGCGACGGCCGCCUCAGCAAGCUGAACGAACUGACCGCCAACGUUAGCGAACUGGAGAAGCUUACUUCUGGCUGGAGAGACGUCAUUGACAGCAACCUCAAGACCCAGCAACUUCAAGUGGCUGUCGACGCUGUGCGCUCGGUUCUCGAGCGCUCUGCGGUUCCUCGUCCAUUUGUGCGAGAGCUUGUCGCCGUGAAGGAGUUGGCUGCUGAAGACCCUGUGGUUGACGCGGCUAUCGCAUCCAUCAACCCUACUGCUUAUCAGCGCGGUAUUCCUUCGACUUCCCAGAUCAUCGAGCGCUUCCGUCGGGUCGCCGAUGAGGUACGGAAGGCUAGCCUUCUGCCCGAGGAUGCAGGUAUUGCUAGCCACGCAGCCAGCUUCGUUCUGAGCAAGGUCAUGUUCAAGAAGGAUGCUGUUGCCGGUAGCGAUGAUGUCGAGAGUGUGCUGAGCCGGACCGAGGGCCUUUUGGAAGAGGGAAAUCUUGAUGCCGCUGCUCGUGAGAUGAACAGCCUGCAGGGAUGGGCCAAGAUCCUGAGCAAGGACUGGCUAGGAGAUGUUCGCAGAGUGCUAGAAGUCAAACAAGCCCUGGAGGCCGAUGAAUCCUAUUCACCUUCACCUCUUAUGCCCAAAACCCAUGAAACGCAGUCAGGAUUGCCUCUACAUUCCAACACUUCUAAUGAUAUCUCCGACCGACGAAAAGGCUUGCACAUGAACCAAGGACGACCAAGCGGAGAGCUAGAGGGCAGCACUCUCGGUAACAGCUCUCGGGAUGGUGAUAAAGGAGGCCGGUCCCAGCGCAGGACGGCCAGCUCGGGCGGAUUCCUUGUCGAUUCAUCCUUUUUACCCAGAUCGAAGAGCCUAAGGACUAGUCAUUACCGCCCCCGCCGUUCAGAAUCCGACCGUAAGGAGAAGCGAGAAGCGCCCGAACCCGACCUGGUGGUUCCGAAGAAGCGAUCGCGAUUCCCUUGGAUUCGGCCGAAAGAGCCUAAGGUAUCGCAGGUGGAUCAGACAGAAGCUAAGGCACCGGAGGAGAUACCUGCUUCAUCACUUGUGGAACAGGAUGCGGCACCGCAUGAGUCACACACCCAGGCGACGGAAAGUCAAACCCCCGUGGGUCUUGAUAGAGAUUCUCUUCAAAUAGUGAAUCUUGCCUUGAAUCUCAGCGAGUCGAGGAAAAGAAACAGCCUGGGUCGCUCCGCUUCAAACCGUCUUUCGGGAGGUAGAUGGAAUUUGUCAACUGGCGCUCGGAAUGGCCGCAAUAUCACACAAUCUCUAGGAGACGAUCAUCUACCACCAGUUCAUGCUCCGUCUUCUGUGGCGAGAUCGGAAAUCUUGCCGCAAGGGUUCUCAGAGAGCACCCUUGCUCGAGCUGAAAAGGCUCGUCGCCAUUUUGAUCUAUUCUCGGAGUAUCUACGACUACUCCCUUCCCUUCCUCCUCUGACGCGGGUCAAUGGUCAUCCUGCAGAUUCGGCAUCCUUCGAUGCCAGCAGCCUUCCAUCAUACCGGGUGUACAAUCCCCUUCAAUGCAUUCAGCGGUGUGCGAUAGACACGGGGGCAGAGGGCUGGUACGAUAUUGACAAAGUACAUCAAUGGGUUGAUUCGGUAGAAGCGCAGCACAGUCAACACAGUCACAGUCCUCUCGAAUGUCUGCAGCUUCCAUCGUUCCAUAGCUGUAGGGAGACUAAGCCGCGUGAAGAGGUGGAUGAAGCCGACUAUCUUGCUGUCUCCCCACCUUCAAGCUUGAGACGUGCCAGCCGCGCUAGUAACUGGAUCAUUGGCCCGGCAGAGUUUCUUUCCGACGCUGCAUGGAGUAAGAUUGUUGAUAGAGACGGGAAUUACCUCUAUCCGGACCCCUCCAUCCUAAUAACUGCCGACGCCAACCAGGAAACCAUUGGACUGCAGGAGCAGCUACAAAAUAACCGGGUCUCCUUGGAUUCGGAACUUCCCACUUCUCGUACCUCUUUAUCUGAUGCUCGUUCCGGUCUGGCGACAGAAUUUCGGGGCUCUGGCCGUAGCGGUCAUGCGACGGGUCCCAAGAAGCAUAAGCUUGGAUUGCUCUCAAGUAGCUCUUCGAGCAUAUCUAGUGCUGAUGGGCGGUUGUACCGGCAUUCCCCUAUGCACAAUACAUUGUCCUCCGAGAGGGACGCUUCCCCACUGCCAGACGCUUCACGUCUUCGAGCUUCAGGUGCAUUAUCUGAAGAUGACAGUGCCGUGGACGCCAGACUGACACCAACCCAUGACACCUUUCCCCGGUAUAAGUCCAGAAUAUCUCCUGCCUGGGCCCUCGUUGAUGAUCGCUAUGAUCCUCUGACGAACUUGGCGACUGCAGAAAGCAGUAUUGCGGCCAAUUUAUCCCCACCGUCCAGCCGUUCACCGUCCCCUUCGAAAGGUCGUUUCUCUCGGGCUAUCGGAUCUCGGCAUGAGCGAAGCAAGAAUGAUAGCUCUCUGGAUUCGGCAGCUUUGCGCAAGGAUAGCUUGCUGGAACCAAGUCCGAUUCCGGAUAGAGUCUCUUCGAUACACUCACAGACACGUAAAGACGCAUUACAGCCUGAAUCCAAACUACGGGGAAUCUUCAAGGGACCCGGAAAGAUUGCAGAAAAAGUGGGCAACGAAAUGUCGAAAGAUAACACGACACACUCGCGGAGAUCUUCUAUUUCCAGCACGAAAGCUCGUGGUGAUAAGAUAUCUGGUGCCAAGUCUCUUUUGCGCCGAUUCCCCACGUUCACCGAUGAUGCCAAUCGGGCUUCACGCAAGAAUCUGGAGAAGCUGAAUGGGAAGCACAGUGUGCCCUCGGUCGGACAAGAUCGACUAGAAGAGCAUCGGCCAUCGGAAUACAGCAGUCCCCCCAAGUCUGGUGCCGAUGCUGGUACCGUUGAACCCCAGAGAGAGGCUGGGGGGUUUUCCACCUCACUUCAUGCGCCAGUCACUCGUCACGAGAGUUCAAGAUUUGGUCCCGAACUUCACACUGUCCGGGAACAAUUCAAAAAGGGCAACAUCAAAGAUGCUGGAGUUCCUUUUAGCCUCACGAGGCCUCCUAUCACAGGUCUUGCACAAGCGAGAGCGGACACUAUGUCGCCUGAGGAAAGACGCCCAAGACUCUCCAACCAGUCAAGAAGCUGGAGUAUAUCUAAUCGCAGCCUUUCCACUUCACUGGUUGUCGGUGUUCCUGGGAAACAAGAGGUCGAACGGACCCGAGCCCUUCUCCUCUCUUCGGGAAUCAAGGCUCGCGAGAUCACCCGCCGAGCAGACUGUGUGCGGCAUCCUCCGCCUGAUUUCCUUCGGCGCGCAUUUGACACGGAAGCAUCCAUACCACAGGUGACCCGGCUUUAUGAGUAUGAUGUGGCAGCGCAAGGUCUACUCAGGAGGGUUGAGAAAACACAUCAUUUGUUCCAGCAAUCUAUGGACAAUUUCUCCGGUUCUGUUUCGUCGCCUUUGAAAUCCCAAUUGAGCAGACUCGAGGGCUUAGUGAACGAAACCAUCUCCCCACGUGUCCAGGCGGCCACACAGGAUGCAGAGGACCUAAGCAUCCAGCUCAACACGACCAGCACCCUUGCGGGGUCCGGAGGCGCCAUCGCCGGCUGCGCUGGGUACGGCGCACUGGAUUUGUGAUGCUUGAAUGGGCACUGGUCGGUAUGCUGUGGUGGGUUUGGCUGAUUGUCAUGGCUUUCAAGAUCUUGCGAGGCGUUUCACGGGGCGUGCUUUCUGGUAUCAGAUGGGUUUUGUGGUUGUAAAUGCAAUUGGUUGUGGGCAAAGGCCAUUGAUUCGUCAUUAUUAUACCCCUUUUUGAAUUUGUCACGUUCCUAGCGUUUGUUUUCCCUCUGUUUCACGGUUUAUCAACCUCUUUCUUCUAGUUCAUAUCUUCCUAAUGACUCUUACUUUAAUCGGAUCUCAUGUGAAACCAGAGGCGAUAGUGGUCUACACCCUCGUUAUGUACACGAUCGGCUGGAUCGAGGGUUCCUUAGGGGGUAGGUUCAAAAUCCUUUGCUAGACAUGAAAGAACUGAAUGUUUGAAAUAAAGAACCAUAGCUCACAGGAGAAUACCGAU